AUGACCAGCUCCGUCGCUGCGUGCGUGGCGGCGGGAUGCUUGGCAGCAGCGGCGGCGGCGUUUGGGCACCUGGCCGGCUCGUGCGGCAGCAUUGCACCGGCGCGCGCCGCCAGCGCGGGCAGCAGCGCCGGCGCUGAUGGCGGCACCCUGGGCGGCCUCGCCCGUGGCGCUGCUAGCGCAGGCGCCGCCGCCGCCGCGCCCGCCGCGGUGCCGCCGCCGCAGCUGGCGCCGGACAUUGGCACCCACAGCUUCCGCCUGCUGAUCGCGUACGACGGCACCGACUACAGCGGCUGGCAGCUGCAGCCGCACGCGCCCACCGUCCAGCUGCACCUCGAGCGCGCGCUGACCACGGUACUGCGGGAGCCGCGGGAGACGCUCUGCGUGAUCGCGGCCGGCCGCACCGAUGCGGGCGUGCACGCGGCCGGGCAGGUAGUGCAGUUCCGCACCAACAGGCCGCGGGCGGUCGACCCGGCGCGGCUGCCGAAGCGGCUCAACUCGCUGCUGCCGCACAACAUCCGCGUGUCUGGGGCGGCGGCGACGGCGCCGGACUUCCUCGUCACCAGCUGCGCCACCGGCAAGGCGCGCUGA